UGAGCAUCCGCAGAAAGGCCGUUGUGAUUUAUAUUUAGUACUCAUUGUGACCAGCAGGGGGCAGUAACUACAGCGCAUCGAUAAAUCCAGUAGAAGAAGAAAAAAGCAGACGAAGAAGACGACAGUGACGGUUGGCUUCCGCGAGCGGGGGACAAUGAGGUUCCUGAUGGUGUUUGAUUUCGACCACACUCUGGUGGAUGAAAACAGCGACCUGUGGGUGGUCAGGUGUCUUCCGGACGGGCGCCUUCCUGCCUCCAUCGAGAAUUCCCACCGGGGGGGUCUCUGGAUGGAGUACAUGUGCAGGGUGAUGAAGUUCAUCGGAGAUCAGGGUAUCGGCCCGGACCGCAUCCGGAGCGUGAUGGAGACCAUCCCCUUCGCCGACGGCAUGGCGGACCUGCUGGCGUUUAUUUCGGAGAACAAAAGCGCCGUGGACUGCAUCGUCAUCUCAGACGCCAACUCCUUGUUCAUAAACUGGGUUCUGCAGGCUGCCGGGCUUGGCGAGGCGGUCGAUAAAGUUUUCACCAACCCGGCGGCGUUCAACGAGGCGGGGCACAUGGAGGUGCGCCGCCAUCACUCUCACGACUGCAGCGAGUGCCCCCCCAACAUCUGCAAGAGGAAGGUCUUGGAGCGGUACCUGUCCGAGCGGGCCGAGGAAGGCGUGCGGUACGAGCGCGUCUUCUACGUGGGCGACGGUAGCAACGACCUGUGCCCCUCCUUCUGCUUGAGAGCGCAGGACGCCGUGAUGCCCCGCCGGGACUUCACGCUGCUGAAGCUGCUGGCCCGGCUGGAGGCCCAGCCGGGAGAGAUCUCGGUGGCGGCCAAAGUGGUUCCCUGGAGCAGCGGCGCCGACGUCCUGCAGGAGCUCAAAGCAAGCAUGCAGUCCGAAUAACGGAGCAGAAGAAGUCCUGGAGGCAGCGCUCCGUCCAGAACCGAGCAGAAGAAGUCCUGGAAGAAGCGCUCCGUCCAGAACCGAGCAGAAGAAGUCCUGGAAGAAGCGCUCCGUCCAGAACUAUGCUCUACAAUUUGAAGCACAUUUAUUGUCGCCAGGUUCUGAGAAGGGAUCAUUUAUUUGUUGGGAAUUUUACAUUUUUGACCAGCUGAGUGAUCCGACUCUGAGUUUCCAGAGGGAAAUUAGCUCUAAACAACCUUAUGCUCAUUUCUAGAAAGGAUUGUUGCUUGAAAAGAGCUGAUUUAUUCAGUCUUCCUGCAGCUUCUAAAAAAAAAAAAAAAGAAUUUUAGUUUUAUGGGAAAAAAAAUGAUUAAAAAAGAAAAAUGUAAAUCAGAAAAAAAACUUUUUUUGACUUUUAAAAUCAGCUUUUGCAGAAUCAAAGAUGGGAGCAGACAAACUUAAAAUACUACCAUCAAAUCUAAACCUAGAGAACCUUCUGGAACCAUGUUCUUCUGCAGAGAAGUUUACUUUCACGUUUCAUUUGAUGAUGUAUUCAAAAAGAUUUUAACAUGAGUUUGAAUUUUACAGAAAAAAAGGGAUUCUCCUCCUUCAAUACUAGUUUUCAUGUCAGACUUUUGACAGAGCUGCAGCUGCACUUUAAACGGGAACAUUUGGUCACUGUUUUGUUUUUAGCUAUUUAAAUCGUUUAAUUUAUUUUUCUUUCUAUUUUAAUUUUUUUUUGGCCACUGUUAAUUGCUGCUAACCAAAAUGUACAAACAAAAAAAUGUUCUUGGCUUCUCCAGAGUAUUUUUUUAACAUAAAUAUUUUAUGUUUUAAAACGCACUUUUGGCUAAAUGCUAGAAUCUGUUGAGAGCAGCUAUGCUCCUCUGUGCCACAGGGGGGCAGUGUUCACAGCACAUCCUGUCUGAACAGGUCAGUUCUGUGGUUUUCAUGGCUGUUUUCUCUCCUUUCUAGAAAAAAAACCAUACAAACUUGAGGACUGAGUGUUUAGCAGUAUUUAAUACUUUAAAUAUGUGAUUUGUAUGUUAAACAACUUAAUGUGUUUUAAAAAUAUUAUUGCCAUAAAAUCCAAUAAUUUCUCCUAAUAAUAAAGUUUCCAUAAAUGAA